CCUCGGUCGUCGCGACUCGUUCAGCUGUUGUUGUCGUUGCAUGUGCGGUAAUAACAUGUCGGCGCCUCUACCUGCCAUCGUGCCUGCUGCCCGCAAAGCCACCGCGGCGGUUAUUUUUCUGCACGGCCUCGGUGACACAGGACUUUGUAGGAUAUUUUAUACAACUGAAAAAGUGAGUGUGGUGAGUAAUGCAUUUUACUAUAUAUUGGAAUGUAUUCCCGAUAUAUUUUUAUUGAAUUAUCCAUGUAUAUAUUUAUGUAUUGAACAGUGUGUCGUACUGUAUUUUAUAUUUUAAUUUGACUUUGUAUGAUAUUUUAUACAACUGAAAAAGUGAGUCUAGUGAGUAAUGCAUUUUACUAUAUAAAGAAAUGUAUUCCCGAUAUUAUAUUUUUAUUUAAUUAUCCAUAUAUACAUUUCUGUAUUAAAAAAUGCCGCCUACUGUAUUUUAUAUUUUAAAUAGACUUUGUAGGAUAUUUUAUACAACUGAAAAAGUGAGUGUGGUGAGUAAUGCAUUUUACUAUAUAUUGGAAUGUAUUCCCGAUAUAUUUUUAUUUAAUUAUCCAUAUAUAUUGAUGUAUUAACAAGUGUGGCGUACUGUAUUUUAUAUUUUAAUUUGACUUUAUGAUAAUUUAUACAACUAAAAAGAUGAGUGUAGUGCAAUAUGUUCCUGAAUACUUUACAAUUGCAUUUUUUUAAAUUUACAUAAGUAUGUAUAUAAAUUUAUUCCCGAUAUUAUAUUUUUAUUUAACUAUCCAUAUAUAUAUACUUAUAUAUUGCAUUUUUUCAUGCAUACAUAUAAAGUAGUAUUAUUGUAGUGUCGUGUAUUUUUUAUCUAAAUAUAUAUUUUUAUUCAUUACUAUAAGAUAUUUUCAGGUAUAUACAUGUUGUGUAUUAAUUUUAUAUACUAUACAAUACAGUAAUAUUUUUUUUCUUUUUUUUUUUGCUUUCAUAUAGCUCGAAAACCGAUGUAUUGCAAUAAUUUUCACCUCUAUUUUCUUAAUUGUAUGUAUGCUGUAUCAGUGUGUUGUACAUAAAGCGCACUGUAUAUUGUUAUUAUUGUGAUACGGUUAUGAAUACAUCACGACGGCUCGCCUUUCAACAGGCACGGCUGGGCAGAAGCGUUCGGCGGGAUCCGGAUACCUCACGUCAAGUACAUUUGUCCACACGCCCCCGUCAUGCCCGUCACCUUAAAUAUGCGACUGUCCAUGCCUUCCUGGUUCGACAUUUACGGCUUGAGUCCGGAAGCGGAAGAAGACGAGGCGGGCAUCAAGAGAGCGUCGGACGGCGUGAAAGCCAUGAUAGAGCAGGAAGUGAAGAACGGAAUUCCCUCGCAUCGGAUCAUCCUGGGUGGAUUCUCGCAGGGCGGCGCUUUGUCGCUGUACACGGCGCUGACGUCCCAGCAGAGGCUGGCCGGGGUGGUCGCCCUCAGCUGUUGGCUCCCGCUGCGCGACGCCUUCCCUCAGGCGUCGGCGGGCGGCGCCAACAAGGACGUGCCCGUGCUGCAGUGCCACGGCGACGCCGACCCCCUGGUGCCCUUCUCCUUCGGGAGCCGCACGGCGGAAAAGCUGCGCGGCCUCCUGGACCCCGCCAACGUCACCUUCAAGGCUUACCCGGGCCUGCUGCACAGCGCCUGUCCGGAGGAGAUGGUGGACAUCAAGCGCUUCAUUGAGAAGCAGCUGCCCGCCAUCAGCGACGAAUGAACCCCCCUCGCCUACUUUGACUCUGAGGACACUUGACGAAAACAAACACGCCUCCACCGCUGCAACCCCUCCCCCUUUUUUCUUUAAAUAUAUAUAUUAUUAACAGCUGCGCGGGCCCGCUGCACUUUACGCUCCUUCCGGGUGAAGCCCGUCCCGUCCCAUCCCGUCACGGAGCGACGUUACGGUAGCGUGACGUUCUGUCGCUUGUGAUGCUAAGAAGCCAUUUCCUGUUCCGGAGUAACUAGGGCUGUACGUAAAAUGCACAAUAAAUGAUUAUUACUUUUUUUCAUAGUAAUUCACAUAUUGCUAAAAAUGACUUUGUAGCCAAUUAUCCAUUUAUUAGUGUAAUUGCGCUUGUCUCGUGUCAUUUCAAGAAGAAAAAUUGUCUUAUUUUGAACCCUCCUGUUAUGUUGUAGGUCGAAAUGACCCCAUUUUCAGCGGAACAGCCGUUUUAAGUCUCGAACUAUCGAUUGUAAUCAUGAGUAAAGGCAUUCAUGAAAUUGUU